AUGUUCAAAAAAGCAGUCAAGGACCAUUCGGCUACAACAGCCCGGCCACUGCAGUCAACCUUCCCGAAUGCUCAUGGAAAUGUUACGACAAAACCCCCUCCGCCACAGUCUGUCGGCGUGAAGCGGAAAAUCGAAAUGACGAGCACCAAGUCCACGCUAGGGUCUCUACACAGCGCCGUAUAUUUCGACGAAAACGACUUUGACAGUGACGACGACCUAGACUUCGAAUCACCUGAUCCCUUCAUCCCACCGGCAAAAAUCGAGAGAGACAGCUUCCAGGAGGAGUCAUUUCAGACCGCAAGAACGAGCCUUACAUUAUCUCACAAGGCGGACUCGCAAUCGGCCCUGAUAUCUUCCAAGGCGAAUUACGGAUCAGACAUCAAAUAUCCUGACCUUCCGCCUAUUCCGGUCGAUAAUAAUCCCGCACCAACAAGCAGUGCACUGCCCUGGUCAUCCUCGCCGCCCACUCACUUCCAGAAGCCUGCCGCACCUCGAACCGUUCCCUGGCGAAAGGAAGAGAAGGAAAUUAUAGUGAUAGAUGAUGAGCCGAUGAAGCCGAAGACGCCCGCGCGGCCAUCCUCAACGGCUCCAUGGAAUAAGACAGCCAGUGCUAUAAAGGAAGAACAAAAGGAACUUCGCCGACAGAACAAAAAGGCGCAGGUUCAAAAAAUACAAUCAAGCACCAAGCAACAUACGCCACGUGCUCAAGUUGCUCCUAUAUUCCUUAGCGACGAGCAAAAGCAUGUUUUGAAGGCGGUUGUUGAGAAAGGAAAGAGUAUAUUCUUUACAGGUUCCGCAGGAACUGGUAAAUCAGUCCUCAUGAGAGAGAUCAUCAAGAAACUGCGAGAUAAAUACAGGAAAGAGCCGGACCGUAUUGCAGUUACGGCAUCUACUGGGCUUGCAGCGUGUAAUAUUGAGGGUGUCACCCUGCACAGUUUCGCAGGCAUUGGCUUGGGCAAAGAGCCUGUGCCUGAGCUAGUCAAAAAGAUUAAGAAGAACCAGAAGGCUAGAAAUCGCUGGUUGCGAACGAAAGUCCUUGUCAUUGAUGAGGUGUCUAUGGUAGACGGGGAUCUAUUUGAUAAGCUCGAGGAGAUCGCUCGUCAAAUAAGAAACAACGGCCGACCAUUUGGCGGCAUUCAGCUGGUUGUUACGGGCGACUUUUUCCAGUUACCUCCAGUUCCAGAGGGUCAUGGUCGAGAGGCGAAAUUCUCAUUUGCUGCAGCAAGCUGGAAUACCUCAAUACAGCAUACAAUCUUAUUGACACACGUUUUCCGUCAGCGUGAUCCCGAGUUCGCCGAGAUGCUUAAUGAGAUGCGUCUAGGGAAGCUCAGUCCUCGAACAAUACAGGCUUUCCGGGAGCUCUCUCGUCCGUUGGACUUCCACGAUGCUCUCGAAGCUACAGAACUGUUCCCCACCCGUGUCGAAGUAGAUAACGCCAACUCAGCAAGAAUGGGGCGGCUUUCGGGAGAGACAAUGACCUUUAAUGCUGUUGAUUCAGGAUCAAUCCAAGAUCCUCAAUUCCGCGAAAAACUACUCUCAAAUUGCAUGGCGCCUCCUACAAUCCACCUCAAGAAGGGCUCGCAGGUUAUGCUCAUCAAAAACAUGGAGGAGACUCUUGUGAACGGGUCUAUCGGCAGGGUAGUUGCCUUUAUGGACGAAGCGACUUUUGAUUUCUACGUGGAGAAUGAGAACGAUUUCACAGGCGAAAAACUCGACGACGGGGACGAGGACAGGGCGGCACGCUCCCGCAAGAAGAUCAAGGGCAUGGCCCACCCAGAUGGAGGCAUCAAGGUCACUCGAAAGUGGCCGCUAGUAUGCUUCAUUCAGCCAGACGGGACAGAAAGACAUCUCCUCUGCCAGCCAGAAAGCUGGAAGAUCGAGCUGCCAAACGGUGAAGUCCAAGCCCAACGGCAACAAGUCCCACUGAUCCUCGCAUGGGCUCUAUCCAUCCACAAGGCCCAGGGUCAAACACUACAACGAGUCAAGGUCGAUCUCGGAAAAGUUUUCGAGAAGGGACAAGCCUACGUCGCUCUCAGUCGAGCUACCUCGAAAGCCGGUCUUCAGGUGCUCCGAUUCGACCCGCGCAAGGUCAUGGUCCACCCGAAAGUUAUUGAGUUCUACCAGAAUCUGGUUCAUGUCAGCGACUUGGUCAAGACAAAACAGCCGCCCAAGCCGCAGCGAGCGAUAUCUGGAGCUGAGAACUACGAGCAGAACUACCUCGACGAGCUGAUUGCCGAAGCGGAAGCAUUUUAA